AUGCGAGAGUCGGCAGCCGGUGGGUGGGGAAGGGUUCGGGAGUUCCAGUCUGCACCACUCGGGAGCUGAGGCUGGAUGUUGUUCGUGCUGAUGGAUGGGAAUGGACCAAUCCACUCUAACAUCUCCUUGGGUUGGUCUACUGUGAGAGACCCCAGUGUCUGUCUGUUCAGCAUCACUCAGGAAAUGAGAGAUUUCUCCAGCAGCGAGAAUCCCCAGAUCCUCCUGACUGUUUUCUUUUGACCGCCUGUGUUCUGACUUUUCACGGAAGUUGUGUUUUUUUCUUAAGGGAGCAGUUGUUCCCACCCCGGCACCACCCCCCCACUCACCCCCAAACUCUCUCUCCGCCCCGUCCGAAGAUGAAAUUGUAACAUUUCUUGUCAGAAACUUGCGUUUCUUGAGAGAGAGAGAGAGAGCGGGAGACACCAGAGAGUGGGACAUGGCGCUAAACGAGGGUGCCGCCUUCGACAAUUUGGGCGGAUCAGGACACACGGCCUCGACCAAGGAGCACCAGGAGACCGAGAAACUCCUCAACAUCUCCGGAACCAACCUGGGGAAUGGCACCCAAGACACCAAGGCGUUCCCCGCCAGCCCCCCGAGCGGCAAGAAGGCGGAGAGCGAGCCGAAUGGCCACGGCGUGGCGAGCUUCUCCUCCGAGUCCAUGUCCAAAAUCGGAGUGCCCCCGGCAUCCCCAUCCCGGAUCAGCCUGGGCAGAGCAUCGUCCACCGUCACUACCAGCGGCCAGGACCAGUCGCCACCCAGAGACUACCUGCUGUUGGCUAUCGUCUCCUGCUUCUGCCCCAUCUGGCCCAUCAACAUCGUGGCGCUGGUCUACUCUAUCAUGUCCAGAAACAGUUUACAACAAGGUGACGUGGAUGGAGCCAGGCGAUUGGGACGUCUUGCCAGAUUACUGAGUAUUGUAGCAAUAGUCAUGGGUGCCCUCAUCAUAAUCACCUACUGUGUUGUCAACUUUGCAGUUAGUGCAUAGAAAACCUGCCACAGCUCAAGAAGGUUUUGGAUUAGUUCCUUUUGGGACACACCUCGAAGAAGUCUGGCUCUUAAUGGAAAAUGCAAUGUAUGAAAUCCAGAACAAGAGGUUUGUCAUCAAAGGCUAUCCAGCCAUUCCAACUUCACUUAAUGUGCAUCACUUACAACUCAGCAUAAUGAAUGCUGGAAACAACAUUCCUUUCAAUUGACAUCUGGCAACAGAUCUGAAAGCUAUUCAAAGCCAACUCCAGUGAGAUACCUGAAAACAGGACAGCUCUGCAGAAUCCUUCUUGUUAGGAAUGGCACAAGUGCAUGCGCCUGAAAGCAGAGAAACCUGUUACCAUUCGAGAUAAUAUGGUUACAAACCCACUUUCUGUGUUAAUUGCACAAAAACUCUCAAGUGCACACUGUGAUUUUUGCUCUCUUUUGUACAAAAAGAAAAGGACAGUGUUGUCUACAGAGCUAAAACCUGCCAAUGGCGAAGGAGAAAAUGUGCAGUGAAAGAAAUACAGAAAAGAAGCUAAGUGUUGAAAAGAUUGGAGCAGAGAACGGAACCAACAAUUAUAUCAUUGGUUACUAUGGGUAUCAUGAUGCUAGUUUUGGUAAACAGCAGGAUUUUGUACUUUUUAUGAAAAACACCACUUGCACGCGGAAUAUGAAUGUGUCGUGAUUGAAUUAUGUGGUUGAGGUAUUUGUGGGUGCAGAUAUAAUGGUCAUAUAGUUGUAAUAUGCUCGUUUUUGUGGCUGUAUUUACUAAUAGAAUGAGCGUUUACUCAAACAUGAAAGCUCUUUCUGAUUUGUUUUGUCAUUUUCACAGAAUGAUUGAUUGUUCAGGUACUUGAGAAGUAAUCUCCAAGCCACUGAUCCCUUUUCUUGGCAAUUUAUUGUGGUGGUGGUUAAACUCACACAGCAUUCAAGGAACAUAUCAAUUAAAAGUGACUAUUCAUCAUGUUUAAGUGAUUUCUUUUUGGAAGCUGCAAUGUGGCUACAGUCUUUCCAUCUGACUUCCUUUGAGUUAGGGAAUGAUAAAAACAAAAGUUCUGAAGAUAUAAUAUUUGGGACAUGAAUGAGGAAUUAAUUUUUGGCGUGAUUAGGCUUAAAUUCUUUCUGAGUGGCUGAAGACUUUCAAUUAAAUUCAUAAAACACCAUUAGUCACACAAAUCAAGUUAAAUAAAUUGUGUAUAUAGAGAACUUCACGUGGAGCAAAGUCAGAGUUUAUUUAUUUACUAUUUGGUAAGCGACAUUUGGAGGGGAUUUAAUCACAACAAUUUGUUAAAGCUGCUCUCAAAACUGAGAGAAUAAAUUCCCUCAACUCUUCAUUCAUUAAAUGUUACCCAAACAUUGUAAAUGAGUAUAGACCGUAUCAUUGUAACCUUGUGCAUCUCAAAAUUUCAGCAUGCAACAAGGAGGGUGGGGAAUGACCCUUCUUUAGGACUGGUAAUGCACUUAUUGGUACCACAUGUGGUCUGUAAAUAAAUAUACAUCUUCAUUUUUACUGUAGGGCAUUUAGUACAGAAUUAUGGAUGGCUGAUGGCUUCACUUACUCCAGGCUUAAGAACAUUUUUUAAAAAUUGUCCUUGUAGGAGACAUGGAUGGUACACAGGUUUUGAAUGACUUUGAGAGUCUAAGGGACUCAUUGACCUUAUCAGUGUAGACCGGUAUCAGCCAUUGCAUAAGAUGGUGUAAAAAGGGUAUUCUUUUUUACUUUUAGGUGGCAUUGUGUUCCCCAUGGCUUGUUUCUUAGCGGAGGCAAUACAAAGGCUAGCGUCAACCCUUUAAAACAGAUUAAACCGAAUACUUUUAAGUUAAUUGGUGCCUCAGUAGGUUUGUAUAUGGUGGAAUAUGGGAAGUUUGUGACAUAAUGCCAUUGGACUAAUAAUCCUCAUUCCAUUUGGACACAGGUUCAAAUCCCAACUUGGCAGCUGGUGGAAUUUAAACUGAAUUAAUAAAUUUGGAAUUAUAAAGCUAGUCUCUGUAAUAGUUGGCAUGUAAAAUAUCGUCAAUUGUAAAAUCCCAUCUGCUUCACUAAAUGUUCUUAUAGAGAAGGAAAUCUGCUUUCGCUGACAUGUGACUCCAGACCCACAGCAAUGUGAGUGUCACAUGACUGAUGUCCAAAAAGGUCUAGCGAGCCAAUGAGUUCAAUGGCAGUUAGGGAUGACCUAUGACACAUCCCAUGAAAAAAUAAGGAUAAAGGAGGUUUCUCAAAUCUAUGUUUUGAAUUCAUUACAUAUUUUAAUAGAAAGUCAAACUGGUCACUUAUUGUAUUUCAUAAACAUUUCAAAUCUUAAUGUCUACUUAUUCCAUCUAUUAUUUUUGAUGUUACUCAGAGAUCCAUUAACAUACAUCCUGGAGAAUCCAGAUAUAAAAUAUACUUUCAGCCUUAAUGAUUGCUUCCCCUGAGUCGAUUCUCAGCAUAUAUUCAGCUGCAUGCAGGAUGUAUUGUAGGCAGCAGGACAAAAGCAUUAAAUAAACAUGACUCACAAAACAUUAUUUCCUGGCAAGCCAGUUACUUUAUUUUUAAUAUCCUGUUUCUCAAAGAUUCACUAAAUGUGUUUUAACAAGCAAAUAAGUAGCCAUGCCAUAUUGGAUUGAAUUUCAGAUUGACUUCAACCAUAUCUAGGGAGACUGUAACACUUCUGUCACAUUACUGAGUGAGAGAAAAGGCUUGUCUGUUUGGUGGUCUUUACCCUCCUACUCCAGUAAUGGUUUCUCAAUUCCUCCAACAAUCAAUUAUAUAGUGGCAUAUUUACUGUAAAUGACAAUAGUCCAAUAGGAGCAAAAAUAAUCAAAUGCAUAGAAUCUUCUAUGUUAAAGGCCAUUGUUUCAUAUAUUAAUGUCUGAUAGGUUAUUUAUCCAUAACCCAACAUUAAAGCUUGCUUGUUAAUUGUCACUCUAAAACACCAUCCAUAAUUCAGGCACGAGUGCUAGCCCACAUUGCAUUGAAAUGUUUUCUUUGCAUAUAUUGUAGGAACAGUUUAACUUCAGUGUUGAUUUAAUUACAUUAUAUCAUGAUGAAUGCUUUACCGCAAUGAAGUAUAAGCAUGAACAUUUUUGAUUGUAUAUGGUUGUAUGACCAAAUUUCCAAUAGGUGACUGAAUGUACGCAACAGCACUGCAAAUGCAUGAAUCUGCUAGUAUCUUUGACUUGAUACUUUGGUUUGUUGACCAUUUUCUUGCAAGUUGAAAAGGAAAUCUCUGUACAUAUGCUUAUUUUGUAUAACUUUGCAUGAGAUGGAAUAAAAUGUAACAUGCACGGUC